UCGUCAAAAUUGCGCUUACGGCUUACCUAGGCGACGAUAUAUGUAUGAACAGUGAAUAUCUCGAAUCAUCGACGCUUCGAUUAUGUGUGCAAGGUAUCGAUGUGCCGAUGUUCCACAUAGUUUGCAAUCAAUUAUAAAACAUCGAUAUUUUAGUCGUAUCAUCGAUAAUAUCGAAUAUCGAUGAAUAUCGUGCAUCCCUAGGUAUCGGAGUUAUUCAUAAUUUGUAUUGAAAAAGUAGCGCUUUACAAGAAGUGCAGCCGUUGCAAGUAAGUUUUGCGUGUUAGGAUCCCUGUGUAUCCGUCCACGUAUGGCUGGUGCAGUCCACUCGGAACUACUUUGCUCAAGUGCAGCCUUUGCAUAUUUACAAGCCAGGAUCGUUUGCGUGUCCGUCCAUAUCAGCUGGUGCAGGGAUUUUUACUACUGCAUCCUUUGGUUUAGUCAAGUGCAGCCUUUGCAUAUUUACAAGCCAGGAUCGUUUGUGUGUCCGUCCACAUUAGCUGGUACAGAGAUUUUUACUACUGCAUCCUUUGGGUUAGUCAACUGCAGCCUUUGCAUAUUUACAAGUCAAGAUCAUUUGAAUGUCCGUCCACAUUCGCUGUUGCAGGAAUUUUUACCACUGCAGCCUUUGGGUUGGUCAAGUGCACCCUUUGCAUAUUUAAAAAACCAAAUGUAAUUAAAUUACGAUACUCAAGAUCUAAUUUUUAAAUGUAACAAAUAUAAUGACUUACAAGACUGAUUGGAGAAAAUAGUUGAAAACAUUACCAAAAAUUUACAUUUAAAAAAAACCAAAUGUAAUUAAAUUACGAUAUUGAAGAGAUAUUUUUAAAGUGUAACCAAUAUAAUUAUUAACAAGACUGAUUAGAGAAAAAAGAAAAAAACAUUAAAAAAAAAUUACAUGUUUAAAAAACCAAAUGUAAUUAGAUUACGAUAUUGAAGAUCUAAAUUUUAAAUGUAACCAAUAUAAUGAUUAGCAAGACUAAAAUAUUUAAAUUAAAAAA